GAGUGGCACGGAGGACGAACCAACGUCCGGUUCUGAGCCCGGGCCUGACCGAGCCCAGGAGACCUCUGGGAGCGCUGCCCGCCGAAGGAGUGCGCAGGCGCGGACUCUCCGGCUCGCCAUGGUGGUCUUUGUCUGCUGGCCUGCUUCCUUGUACAUCCGCAGGAGCUGCAAAACCUUUAACAGCUCUAAGGGCUCUGCCUGAAUUCUGGGAUGCUGCUUUGUUCCCCAACCAUAACAUCCACAUCCAGUGUCAUUUUUCCGUUCACAAGUUUAAAGUCAGCACUUAAAACAAGAACAACAAUGGAUGAUUGAGAAAGAAAUGUAAAGAAGGUUCUCUUUAUGUGAGUAAGCGAGAACCUGGCAGUAGAGACGGGGUUUCACCAUGUUGACCAGGAUGGUCUCGAUCUCUUGACCUCGUGAUCCACCCACCUUGGCCUCCCAAUGUGCUGGGAUUACAGGCAUGAGCCACCGUGCCCGGCCCACUGAUGUCUUCUUAACCUUUGAGUUCUUAAGAAGCCCGGGAAGUUUAUAAACAGAUAAAGACGCAACAUGAAAGACUUGUAAGUUAAGUCUCAUCUUUCUCUGAAAAUACAGACUGAGGAAAAGUUUAGGAAACGUAUUUCCUCUGAAUACAGUCGUUGCUUAUUCAAGACUACCCUUCUGUGUAUGGGACUCAGUUUAAAAGAGUUUGAAACAUAACUUAUACACAAUUUAUACUUAAAUAUGAGAGAAGCUCUAUAAGAAUCAUUAAGAAUAUAAAGAGACGUUAUAUUUUAUACCUUUUCAUAAUCAUCUCAUCUCAGGGUAAUCAAUGUGAGAAAAAUCUUUCUUCAUAAAUUGUUAGAUACCUGAGAAUUAAUAUUGAAAAUACACCAUAUGAAUUUAGUGAACGUGGGAAAGCUUUCAUCUUUAUUACAUCUCAUUUAGUACUAGGGAAAUCUCCUUAUUAAAUUCACAUUCAUGAUAGGAAUGUUGGAAAGUCUUCAGCAUGAAUCAGAUCUCCUUCAGCAUGAUCAAAUUCAUACUGAAGAGAACCUUUAUGAAUGUAAUGAAUGUAGAAAAACCUUUAGCCUGGAGCAAAACUUCCUAGAACAUAAGAAAAUGCAUACUGGAGAGAAAUCUCAUGAAUGCACUGAAUGUGGUAAAGUGUUCUCUCGAAUCUCAUCCCUUACUCUACACCUCAGAAGUCACACAGGGAAGAAAGCAUAUAAAUGUAAUAAAUGUGGAAAAGCCUUCAGCCAGAAGGAAAACUUCCUUUCUCAUCAGAAACAUCAUACUGGAGAGAAACCUUAUGAAUGUGGAAAAGUUUCUUUUCAGAUGCCAACCCUCAUCAGACACCAGAAAAAUCAUACAGGAACCAAACCCUAUGCAUGUAAGGAAUGUGGCAAAGCCUUUAACGGCAAAGCAUAUCUCACUGAGCAUGAGAAAAUUCAUACUGGAGAAAAACCAUUUGAAUGUAAUCAGUGUGGAAGAGCCUUUAGCCAGAAGCAAUACCUCAUUAAACAUCAGAACAUCCACACUGGAAAGAAGCCCUUUAAGUGUAGUGAGUGUGGAAAAGCUUUUAGCCAGAAGGAAAACCUUAUUAUACAUCAGAGAAUCCAUACUGGAGAGAAACCUUAUGAAUGUAAAGGGUGUGGGAAAGCUUUCAUUCAGAAGUCAAGCCUCAUUAGACACCAGAGAAGCCACACAGGAGAGAAACCUUAUACAUGUAAGGAAUGUGGGAAAGCCUUCAGUGGCAAAUCGAAUCUUACUGAGCAUGAGAAAAUUCAUAUUGGAGAGAAACCCUACAAAUGUAAUGAAUGUGGAACAAUCUUCAGGCAGAAGCAAUACCUCAUUAAACAUCACAAUAUUCAUACAGGAGAGAAACCCUAUGAAUGUAAUAAAUGUGGAAAAGCCUUCUCUCGAAUCACAUCACUUAUUGUACAUGUGAGAAUUCAUACGGGUGAUAAGCCUUAUGAGUGUAAGGUCUGCGGGAAAGCCUUCUGUCAAAGCUCAUCUCUUACUGUGCAUAUGAGAAGCCAUACAGGUGAGAAACCCUAUGGUUGUAAUGAAUGUGGGAAAGCCUUUUCUCAGUUCUCAACUCUUGCUCUGCAUAUGAGAAUCCAUACUGGUGAAAAACCUUAUCAGUGUAGUGAAUGUGGGAAAGCUUUCAGCCAAAAGUCACAUCACAUUAGACACCAGAGAAUUCAUAUUCAUUAAAGUUCUCUGAAUGCCUUGGAUUUAGCAAAACGUUCAGCAGAUUUUACACUGAAUAGUAUAUCGGAAAAUUCAUUUUACAUUAAAGUGACAUGAAUGUGAGAAGUCCAGCAGCAAUUCAAAACUUAAAUACUGUGAUGUCUAUUAAGUAUUAUACAGAAAACCUGUACCCCCAAAACUCCCACAACAAGCAUUAUUGAGGCUCUACUUCUAGGAGUAUUCUCAUUGAAGUUAGAUCUUGUCAUGGACACUGCUUACUGUGUUCCUGGAAGGCCUACCAGAUGCAUUAAGAAAUAGAUAUGAGGCCAGGCGUGGUGGCUCACGCCUGUAAUCCAAGCACUUUGGAGGUCAAGGUGGGUGGAUCACCUGAGGUUGGGAGUUCAAGACCAGCCUGACCAACAUGGUGAAACCCUUUAUUUAAAAAAAAAAAAAAAAAAAGAUAGAUAUGAGACAUAUAAGGAUUUGAAAUUGAAACAAAUUUAUCAUUUUUGUGAUAUGUUUUGCUACAUGUAUGACUUGUAAAACUAUAAACAUCAAAAUUAUUUGUUGUUGAAACAAAAUUGAGACUGAGACAGAAUAUUGAAUUCAGAAAUAUGUACAUGAAUAUAGGGGGAACUGCUAAUUGAAUAAGGUGGUAUCCCAAAUUGGGGGGAAAAUCAUGGAUUACUUAAAAAUUAAUUGACUUUUCAUAUGGAAAAAUAAUAGAUCUCUACCACCAUCAUACAUUAAAAUAUUUUUCUUAGGAAUUCUAAAAGUAUUGAAGACUAAAAUGCAAAAAGCAAUAUUUAGUCAUAUAACAGUUUUAUAGGAAAAUGUUUUUAAAACCUUGGGGAGGAAAGAAUUUCUAAAACGUUCAGAAUACAUAGCAGUUCAACUCUUGAGUACAGUAGUCCCUGAUUUUCUGCAAGGGGUAGACUCCAGUUCCUCCAGUGGAUACCUGAAACCCAGAUAGUACCAAACUCCAUGUUUUUUCAUAUAUAUAUUUGGAGUCCAAGGAGUAUAUAUAUAUAUACCUAUGAUAAAAUUUAGUUUACAGAUUAGAUACAGCAAGAGAUUUAAAACAAUAAUAAAUAUAUAAUGGAAAAAUUACUACAAUAUACUGUAAUAAGUUAUGUGAAUAUGAUCUUUCUCUCAGAAUACCUUAUUGUACUGUUGUCAACCAUUUUUGAACUGUGGUGACCAUGGGUAACUGAAACCAUGGAGGGCAAAGCUCUGGAUAAGGGGGAACUACCAUAUAUAUCUAAGAAACACAUGAACACAGGGAGUCAUAUACUGGUCUGUAGCUGUAUAAUUCAUUGCAGCAUGAGUUACAGUAGCCAGAAAUUGGGAAACAUGCCUGUCUCCCGUGACAUAAUGGAUAAAAUGUGAUAAGAGUAACAUAGAAUACUCUCUAGCAGUUAAGUGACAAAUGAAGUUUAUAUAUUAACAGAUUUUUUUUUAAAAAACCAUUAAAGUGAAGAAAAACGAUGAACAUAUUGUAAUGAUGCUCCUGUGAAUUUGAACAAAAUCAACACUAACCAGCCCUAGUACUAAGCACUGGUUAUGGAUAAAUUAUGUAACACUAAAGAAUGGAUUGAAAGGGUACACACUCUAUUCCCAAAAGUGGAGUGGUUGCCUCUAGGAAGAAAGGAGGUGGAAGGGAAAUGUGACCAAGCAUGCUAGUUAAAGGAUACUUCAAUUUUGUAUUUAUUUCUUAUUAAAAAGAAAUAAACAUUCUAAGUAAACAUAAAAUGUUAAUUCUGGGUGGUGGUAAUAUUUGUGUUCAUUCUAUCAUUCGUGCUGUUUCCUUAAACUUCUGAAAAUUCAAAAGCUCCAGAUAGGAGUGAGGAAGCUGUACAUGAAACAUUAUAAUGGACUUACAUUCCCAGUCAGAUACUAAUAUUCUAUAGAAGAUAUUUCUGAAAUAUCUUUAAAAUAUGAAAUAAUUUUUAAUUGGAGUGGCAACUUAAAUGCAAUUAAACUAAUGUGUCACAAGAGUAGUCUACAUAAUCUGUACGUAGUUCUAAUCUGUACAUAAUCUUGGAGGAUAUGAUUUGCAGCAGGUUCAUUGGAGCACAUUUAAGGAUCAUUUUAUUAAAUAUAUGCACAGACAUGGAGACAAUUUGUUUUUACUAAAACAUUUAUGAGAAAUUUUAAUACUCUGCACAACCAGUAUUGGUAUUGAAAAUUAGCCACUUUGGCCGGGCGCGGUGGUUGAAGCCUGUAAUCCCAGCACUUUGGGAGGCCGAGGCGGGUGGAUCACGAGGUCAGGAGAUCAAGACCAUCCUAAUCAACAUGGUGAAACCCCAUCUCUACUAAAAAUACAAAAAAUUAGCUGGGCAUGGUGGCGCAUGCCUGUAAUCCGAGCUACUCAGGAGGCUGAGACAGGAGAAUUGCCUGAACCCAGGAGGUGGAGGUUGCAGUGAGCCAAGAUCGCGCCAUUGCACUCCAGCCUGGGUAACAAGAGUGAAACUCCAUCUCAAAAAAAAAAAAAAGCCUCUUUGAAAAUGAGAAAACUGUGUCACUCUUUAAUUUUUUUUAAUAAGCCAUUGAGUAAAACAUUAACUUCUGGAUUUCACCUUCACUUUUAGCCUGCAGACUAAAUUGCUUUCUUAUUUAUGUCAGACACACUCAAGUCAAUCCCAACCCUCUUGUUACCUUGGGAAGAUAGUGCUGAAAAAGGGGAUCUCCCACCUAAACAGUGUUCUCUUAUUUGAAGCCAGUCUUUUUGAGAAUUUGUUUACUUGGAUUUCUUUCCACAAUAACUUGACAGAGAAAGCUUCUAAUGAUAUUUUUGAAUGAUGAUAAAAAUGAGUAUACAGCAUUUAAACCUUAGACUGAUUUUAAAUAUAUUAAUUUCUUUUAAACUCAAUGCAAUGUUAAUAUUAUUAUAGCACUUCUUAUAGCAUUUCUGGAGGUUGGUCUUGAGAUAAAAUUGAAAAUUACUGUUGUUGAUUUUCUGAGGUAAUGUACCAGAAUACCCAAAUAAAAUAUAUGUAUGUGUACAUGAAUCUAAACUGUUCUAUUUCUCAUUUUGCUUUACUUAAUCUUUCAUAUUUUUUAAGUGUUUUGCCCAUGUACUAGUGCAGCUUCAAAGUCACCAGAAUAACUAGGACUCAAAUUCAGACCGAACCAGGAGGACUAUCUUUUUGAGCCUUGAGUUGGCCAUGGUCCUGGACCCAGCAAAAAGAAUUAUUAUGAAGGUCAGAGUAAGAUGAGCAAUUGUUACAUAAUAUUCUCUAAUACUGUGUACUAUAAAUUUGUUCAGCUGCCCGCUUGUCUAUUCAGUUUGCUUAUUUGCCAGUAUAAACAAUUCUACAAUAAAAAUUCAUGUAAUCAUCCAUAAA